AAAGUCGUUCGCGAACGAGAAUAGCCAUCUCCGCACCGCACCUUAGUUCGAACGUGAUUAGCUGGAUAUACAAUGUCGUUCGCAAACGAAUGACAUUUUAAUAAAAUAGCGUUCCGAAUCUUUUCGUUCACUUAGAUGAACCGUUCAUUUAAAUGCGUUCGUUCCGGAACGAGUACCGCUAUUAGAAAUGGCGAUACGAAAGAUAAACAAAUUGGCGAUAUACUGACAUCCACAGUAAGGUUGACAAAUCAUGUCAUUAUUGGAUUUUUACUAAAUGAGCCACACUUUUGAUACAUCUUAUGUUAUUUUUUCCCCAUCUGGUACUCACUGAUGCAUUACUAAAAGAUUUGAAAAGUUUUAUGUGAAAAAAGUAUCCACCAUAUCAUUUGUUGACUUCCAAGAUUGUGUUGUCACGAAUCUGAUGACAUGCUAAUGAGAAAAGCUGAUAGAUCUUUCUGAAUAAAAGUGGCAACAAUAAGAAAGGCUUGACUUUUGAAAGAUCCACAAUCCUAACUUGCAACAUACAACACAUCUGGAUGGAAUCGAAAACUAUGAAAUAAUAAAUUCCACAAUACAUAUGCUUAGAAAAUUUUAAUCACGCUAUAAUUUUUAUUACUUAAUAAUGCGUAUAUGUGAGUAGUGUUACUCACAUACAUAAAAAAAAAAAAAAAAAAAAGGAUUUUUAUUCUUAUGACCCUUGUUAUAAGACAUUCUUCGAAAAAUUACAUUCAGAGUUUUUCCUUUUGAUUCACCAAAUAAAGAAACUUUAUUUUUUUGUCAUAUAUGGGCAAAAGCAUUUAAAUCGUAUUUAUCGUGAAAAUUUUAUUUGCCAACUGGAAUUAAAGAGAUGUCUCGUGAUUGUGUCAUGCAGAAAGAAGCAUUUUACAAACACAAUUUUCUCAUUGCCCACUUAAUGGAGAAACCUUAUGCUUGCAAAUUUUGUGAUAGCUCUCGAAUUUAAAGACACGUUUACUGGCGCAUAUUAAAGAGAAACCACAUACAUAUGACAUUUGUAGUAUAAUAAUCUUUGAACGGUCACAUUUAAAAAUUCAUUUAAUGGCGCAUACGAAUGAGGAAUCCUACCCUUGCAACUUUUGCAAUAAAGUCUUUUCUAUGAUUUCCAAAUUCAAAAGACAUUUACGGACGCAUACACAAGAGAAACUGUUUACAUGCGAGGUUUGCAAGAAAGCCUUUUCCAGAAAUGGGCAUUUAAAAGUACAUUUGCGUCUUCAUACACAAGAGAAAUUGUUUACAUGCCAGUUUUGCAAGAAAAACUUUUCCCAGAACGGGCAUUUAAAAAUACAUUUACGUACGCAUACGGGGGAGAAACCUUAUACAUGUGAAUUUUGUAGCAAACCCUUUUCGGAUAAAGGGAGUUUCAAAAGACAUUUACGUACGCAUACGGGUGAGAAACCGUAUACAUGUGAAUUUUGUAAUAAACCCUUUUCGAGUAAGGGGGGUUUCAUAAAACAUUUACGGACGCAUACAGGCGAGAAGCCAUAUACGUGUGACAUUUGUAACAAAUCCUUUUCGGAUGAGAAUAGUUUUAGAAGACAUUUACGUAUACAUACGGGAGAAAAACCGUAUACAUGUGAAUUUUGUAACAAACCCUUUUCGGAUAAAGGGAAUUUGAAACGACAUUUACAGAUGCAUACACAGGAGAAACUGUUUACAUGCGAGUUUUGCAAGAAAGCGUUCUCCCAGAGUGGACGUUUGAAAGUGCAUUUGCGCCUGCAUACCGGAGACAAACCGUAUACAUGUGAAUUAUGUAAUAAGCGGUUUCCGAGUAACGGGAGUUUCAAAAGACAUUUACAUACGCAUACGGAUGAGAAACCGUAUACAUGUGAAUUUUGUAACAAAUCCUUUUCGGAUAAUGGGAUUUUAAUAAAACAUAUAAGGACGCAUACGGGAGAGAAACCUUAUAUAUGUGAAUUUUGUAACAAUCCCUUUUCGGAUAAGGAGAAAUUGAAAAGACAUUUACAAGCGCAUACGCAAGUGAAACUGUUUACUUGCGAGUUUUGCAAAAAAUCCUUUUACCAGAAAGAGCAUUUAAAAGUACAUUUGCGUCUACAUGCAGGAGAGAAACCCUAUACUUGUGACGUUUGCAAUAAACCCUUUUCGAAUAAGGAGACUUUCAAAAGACAUUUACGAACCCAUACGGGAGAGAAAUCGUAUACAUGUGAAUUUUGUAACAAAUCUUUUUCGGGUAAUUGGAGUUUCAUAAGACAUUUACGUAUUCAUACGCAAGAGAAACUGUUUACAUGCGAGUUUUGCAAAAAAGCCUUUUCUCAGAACGAGCAUUUAAAAGUACAUUUGCGUCUGCAUACAGGAGAGAAACCCUAUACUUGUGAUGUUUGCAAUAAACCCUUUUCGAAUAAGGAUAAUUUUAAAGUGCAUUUACGGACGCAUACGGGAGAGAAACCAUAUAUAUGUGAAUUUUGUAACAGACCUUUUUCGAGUAAUUGGAAUUUUAAAAGACAUUUACGUACGCAUACGGGAGAGAAACCGUAUACAUGUGAAUUUUGUACUAAACCCUUUUCGAGUAAGGGGGGUUUCAUAAAACAUUUACGGACGCAUACUGGAGAGAAGCCAUAUGCAUGUAAAAUUUGUAACAAAUCCUUUUCGGAUCAGUAUAGUUUUAAAAGACAUUUACGUACACAUACGGGAGAAAAACCGUAUACAUGUGAAUUUUGUAACAAACCCUUUUCGGAUAAAGGGAAUUUGAAACGACAUUUACAGAUGCAUACACAGGAGAAACUGUUUACAUGCGAGUUUUGCAAGAAAGCGUUCUCCCAGAGUGGACGUUUGAAAGUGCAUUUGCGCCUGCAUACCGGAGACAAACCGUAUACAUGUGAAUUAUGUAAUAAGCGGUUUCCGAGUAAGGGGAGUUUCAAAAGACAUUUACAUACGCAUACGGAUGAGAAACCGUAUACAUGUGAAUUUUGUAACAAAUCCUUUUCGGAUAAUGGGAUUUUAAUAAAACAUAUAAGGACGCAUACGGGAGAGAAACCUUAUAUAUGUGAAUUUUGUAACAAUCCCUUUUCGGAUAAGGAGAAAUUGAAAAGACAUUUACAAGCGCAUUCGCAAGUGAAACUGUUUACUUGCGAGUUUUGCAAAAAAUCCUUUUACCAGAAAGAGCAUUUAAAAGUACAUUUGCGUCUGCAUACAGGAGAGAAACCCUAUACUUGUGAUGUUUGCAAUAAACCCUUUUCGAAUAAGGAUAAUUUUAAAGUGCAUUUACGGACGCAUACGGGAGAGAAACCAUAUAUAUGUGAAUUUUGUAACAGACCUUUUUCGAGUAAUUGGAAUUUUAAAAAACAUUUACGUACGCAUACGUGAGAGAAACCUUAAACAUGUGAAUUUUGUAAUAAGGCAAAUUCUCUGUUGUCAGGUCUAAAAACUAAUUUACUGUCGCAUACGAAAGAUAAACUACACGUUUAAAGCUUUUGUGACAAAGCCUUACUGCGUAUACGUUAAAAAGACAUUUACGAAUGCAUAUGGAAGAGAAAUCGUAUGUUCUCAAAAUUAGCAGUAAAGUGUUUUCUGAGCGGCGUGGAUUAAACUUGCAUUUCAUGACCCAUUUCCUAAAGAAAUAGUAUGCAUCGGCAGAAACCUCUUAUUCAGCGUUUUGAUUUAAACACACAUCUGCGGACGCAUACGGAAAAGAAACCGUACUCAUGUGACUUCUGUAAUAUAAGCUAUUGUCAUUUCAUUUUUUUAAGGAAACAUUUGUCGAAGCAUAUCAUAGAAAAUGAAUGAAUUAUAUGCCUCUGAUGUUCGACGCUUGCUAAUGGGAGAACUUCACCUCAUUUUAAAGAGAAAGACUGAUAGUAAUGAUUUUUUUAGUAAGUUAAUAUUUGAAAAAACAUAGACAAAAAAGGCUUAUUAUUUUACUAAAAAAAGUUGAAAUAUUCUCUUCUAGGAAUUCUAUUUUGUAUGACACAGGACAUAAUGCAUGCUCACUGUUAUUAUGCAAGGUAAUUCGUAUACUUAAAUGAAUAUUCUAAUUUGCAGGGCUUUUGAAGAAAAUAGAACAAAGUGAAUCAGUGUUCAUCCGAAAUUAUAAAUAACAAUUAAAAACUUAACACAGUAAUAAAUGUUUAGUAGAAGCACUUCCAAAAAUACAAAGAAUAUCAAGACGAUACGAUCACUCAUGCCAUACCCAGUCUCUCCAAUAACAUACUUUGAAAGCCUGCAGAUGUCAUGUUUCAAGUUUAUGAACAUCAUUUGAUUGUGGGGGAACAAACACCUGCAGUUUGUUGUAGCCCCAGAAAGAAGAAGGGGGGGGAAUCAAUUGUUGCACUACAAGCAUAUCCGCUAUCUUUCAAAGGUUCACACAGGACAUGCAGAAAUAUGUGGAUGAGUUAUAUUACUGCUUCGAUAUCCUUCGUGUUUCCGGACCGGAUCAUAUUGUAACUGUUUUGAAUUUAAAUUUUCAUUUGUUAUUUUUCAAUUUCGAUAAAUAGGAAGAUUGUUUUCUUUUAACAGACCGGCAAAUUUAGGAUUUUCUUGUGUAAUCACCUUGUAUUCUGUGAAACAUAUAAAUGAAUAUUUAUGACUUAAUUACUUAUUUCAUGGGAAGUCAGCUGAUUAAUGUGAAUAU